ACAGGACCUUAUCAAAACACAACGAGCCAUUCUAUCCCCUCUCUAACUUUAGGUCCAAUUAGCAUCGGGUUCCUUUCCAAGCCCAAUCUCUUUCUAAACCCUAGAUCUCGCUUCCGUCACGCCGGAAGCCCUAGCUUCCGCAUUCGGCGCCGCCGUGCCGCGUUCCAGUCAGAUUCCGUCAACACAGCUGGCAGGAGGACAUACUAAUAGGAUGGCUACUCUUGAAGAAGGUGAAGUGGUGGCGACCCCUGAUGUAAAAGAUGAAUCGAUCAAUACCGACAAGAUGGAUGUUAUUGAAGAAGACAAAUUAGUGGCGACCCCUGUUGUAAAACAAGAGCCAAACAGUCCUGGCUCUCAACCUGGCAACGAUCUUGAAAAUUCUGAAAUUCUGUCUAACAAUAAUGUGGAAAAUUUGAAGUCACAGCCCAUCAAGGAUCUCUGCGAUUCCGAAGCACACCCUAGUGAAGGACUUUCUGCAUCUGAAUCCCUGCCUACCGAUGGUGUUGCAGAUGAGUUGGACAACACAAAAGAAUGUCAGAAAAAUGAGCUGGAGAAUUCUGAAUCACUGCACAACAACCAGGUUGGCAAUGCUGGGGCUGCAGAAGACAACCAACCAAUUGAUUUGGAGGCAACACUUGAUACGCCGCUGGACAACUCUGAAGCUGCUCCUGGUGAUCUACUUGUUGGUUCUGAAGCUACUACCGACAAGAAGGCUUCCUCAGGGGCACAGCCCAGCAACCAAGUGGUUGAUUCUCAAGCAUUGCCAAACAAUGCUGUGGUUAAUUCUGAAAUGCAGACAAGUAAUGAAGCACCUCACAGUGAUGAGGCGGUUGCAUCUGAAACACACAAUAGAGAUGAAUUGGUUGAAUCUGAAAAACAGCACAACAACGAGAGGGUGCUUGUAUCUGAAACACAGCACAUUGAUGAGAUUAUUGUUUGUGAAGCACAACACAACACUGACGUGGUUGUAUCGGAAACACAUGGCAAUGAUGAAGUGGUCAUGUCUGAAGCACAGCCCAGUAGUGAAGUGGUAUUGUCGGACUCACAUCUGAGCAAUGAGGUGGUCAUAUCUGACUCACAGCCGAGCAAUGAGGUGGUCAUAUCUGACUCACAGCCGAACAGUGAGGGUGUUUUUUCUGACACACAGCCCAGCAAUGAUACCGUCAUACAUGAAUCACAAAUUACUCAUGACGUGGUUGUGUUUGACACAGAGCCCAACAAUGAGACUGUCAGUCAUGAAGUAGGGGUUUGCAAUGAUGCAGUUAUGUAUGACACACAGCCCAACAAUGAUGUAGACAUGUCUGACACGCAGCCCAACAAUGAGAGUGUCAUGCACGAAGCAGGGAUCAUCCAUGAUGCAGCUGUGUCUGGCACACAGCCUAACAAUGAGGUAGUCAUGUCUGAGACACAACCCAACAAUGAGACUGUCGUGUAUGAAGAACAAAUCAGUAAUGAGACUGUAAUGCACGAGGCACAAAUCAGCAAUGAUGUGGUUGUAUCUGAAGCUCAGCCUGAGAAUGAGUUAAGCAAUUCAACAAUGUAUCCCAACAAUCAGAUCUCCAAUCAAGAAAUUCUUCUUGAUAGUCAUCAGUUUUCUAAUCUCCAUAUGAUUCCUGAAGAUCAACUGCCUCAACCUGAAUCACUGCCUAAUGCUGAAUCGCCGCAUAGCUCUGAACCAGGGGCAGACAGUCACAACACAGAUGUCAAACCAGUAUCCCAUAAUCAUUUGCAAGAGUAUGAUACAAUGCCGAACAACCAUCUGGACCAUCAUGAGGCACUGGCCAACCAUCAUCAGUUGGCUAACUCUGAAACACUGCCCCAUGAUCAGCUAGCCAAUUCCCAGAUGAUGACUCACUACGACCUGGCAAAUAGUGAAACAUUUCACAGCAAUCAGAUCAAUUCUCAAGCACACUAUGAGAUAGUCAAUGCUAACGAUUUUCCCAGCUAUGAAAUAGUAAAUGCUGAAACUCCACUAAACCAUGAAGAACAUACCCCAGAGACACAGCCAAAUAAGAGGAGGAAAAAAAAGUCUAUAGUCUGGGAACACUUCACCAUAGAAACAGUUAGUGCUGACUGUAGAAGGGCAUGUUGCAAGGAAUGUAAGCAAACUUUUGCCUACAGUACUGGACCUAAAGUUGCUGGUACCAGCCACCUUAAACGGCACAUUGCCAAAGGGGCAUGCCCAGCUCUUCUGCGUAGUUUAGAUCCAAAUCAGUAUGCCCCGUAUACCCCGCGUUCAAGGGGAAGUGGUGCUGGCAAUGCUAGCAGCAAUACACCAAAACGGCGUUAUAGAACUGCUAGCACACCUUACACGAUUUUUGAUCAAGAUCGUUGUCGUCAAGAGAUUGCUAGGAUGAUCAUUAUGCAUGAUUACCCCCUUCACAUGGUUGAGCAUCCAGGAUUUGUUGCAUUUGUUCAAAAUCUGCAACCCCAGUUCAACAUGGUGACCUUUAAUACUAUUCAAGGAGACUGUGUCGCAACUUACCUGAUGGAAAAGCAAAACCUUAUGAAGUAUUUUGAUGAAAUACCAGGACGCAUUGGUCUGACCCUGGACACGUGGACCUCAAGUCAAUCUGUAGGGUAUGUGUUUAUCACAGGACAUUUUGUUGAUAGUGAUUGGAAGUUGCAGAGGAGAAUUCUCAAUGUUGUGAUGGAACCAUACCCUGAUUCCGAUUCUGCGCUCAGCCAUGCUGUAUCUGUCUGCAUUUCUGAUUGGAACUUGGAGGGAAGAUUAUUUACUGUUACAUGUAAUCAGCCACUGACUGAAGGCACCAUUGAGAAUCUCAGACCUCUACUCUCUGUAAAGAAUCCACUUAUCUUCAAUGGCCAGUUGCUAAUUGGAAGUUGCAUUGCCCGUACUUUAAGCAAUGUUGCAUAUGAUUUGUUGGGCUCAGCACAAGACAUUGUCAAUAAAAUUCGGGAAAGUGUGAAAUAUGUGAAGACUUCAGAAUCUCAUGAGGAAAAAUUCAUGGAUCUUAAGCAGCACCUUCAGGUACCUAGUGAAAGGAGCCUUUUUAUUGAUGACCAAACCAAAUGGAAUACAACAUAUCAAAUGUUGGUUGCAGCUUCUGAACUGAAGGAAGUCUUUUCUUGUUUAGACACUUCUGAUCCUGAUUACAAAGGAACCCCGUCUGUUCAAGAUUGGAAGCUUGUUGAGAUCCUUUGCGCAUACUUGAAACCCCUUUAUGAUGCAGCAAACAUUCUUAUGACACCAACUUAUCCCACUGCUAUUACAUUCUUUCAUGAAAUUUGGAAAUUACAUUUGGAUCUUGCCCGUGCUGUUAUGAAUGAGGAUCCCUUCAUUAGCAACCUUACUAAAUCCAUGCAUGAAAAGAUCGAGAAGUACUGGAGAGAUUGUAGUCUGGCUUUGGUGAUUGCUGUAGUUAUGGAUCCUCGUUUCAAGAUGAAGCUUGUUGAGUUCAGUUUCACAAAAAUAUAUGGUGAGGAUGCUCAUGUGUAUGUCAAGAUUGUUGAUGACGGAAUUCAUGAGCUGUUUCAUGAGUAUGCAACCCUUCCUCUGCCACCGGCAUACACGGAAGAAGGAAAUGCUGGAAGUAACAUGAAGAUGGAAGGAUCCCCUGGAGGAACUUUGUUGUCAGAUAAUGGUCUUACAGACUUUGAUGUCUACAUCAUGGAAACUUCUACCCAUCAGACGAAGUCUGAAUUGGAUCAGUAUAUGGAAGAAUCACUAUUGCCGCGAGUGCCAGACUUUGAUGUAUUAGGUUGGUGGAAGCUAAAUAAACUCAAGUACCCCACACUGUCUAGGAUGGCUCGAGACAUAUUGUCUAUUCCUGUUUCUACUGUUCCUCAUGACUCCGUCUUUGAUAAAACGAAUAAAGAAAUGGAUCAGUAUCGAAGUUCCUUGCGUCCAGAGACAGUGGAAGCACUUAUUUGUGCCAAGGAUUGGAUGCAGUAUGGAGCACCUGAAUCUUCUACUGCACUUGUGAAAAUGGAAAUCUAGAUUUCAUGCUGUGAUGGAAAUCUAGAUUUCAUGUGGUUGUACCCAUUAUAUUUUUAGGUUCUCUUGUAUUUUACUUUUAGCUCAGUUCUCUUUUAGGCUAUAUUGUAGUAUUUGAGAGAUUAUUUGGAUGAUUCAUCUUGAAUAUUUAAAUUUUAAACUAUGAUCUAGCUUUUCUUUUAGA